UUUGCUUUUUGCUUUUAGAGUUUUUACUCAUUCUUCUUCUCCUCAUUUAGUUGUAUUUUUUUCAAUUUAUUAAUAUGGGGUUUGGUUAAAUUUGCCCAAACUUUCCCCCCAUUAUUUUCACCAUUAUCUUAACAGUUAUAUUCAACCCAAGAAUCAAUCUUUUUAAGUGGUGGCAUCUCUUCCAACAUUUCUGCUGUUCACACCCAGUUUUCUGUCUUUUAAUCUUGUUGUCUUGCAGGUUGCAUCUUUAAAUGGAAGCUGAGAAUGGUGAUGCUGUUAAGUCCAAGAUGGAAGAUUAUCAAGUAAUUGAGCAGAUUGGAAGAGGAGCUUUUGGAGCUGCUUAUCUUGUGCUCCAUAAAUUGGAAAAGAAGAAGUAUGUUUUGAAGAAGAUUCGUGUUGCUAAACAAUCAGAGAAAUUCAAGGAAACGGCACACCAGGAGAUGGAUUUAAUAUCAAGAUUAAACCACCCUUACGUUGUGGAGUACAAAGAUGCUUGGGUGGAAAAGGAAUCCAGUGUAUGCAUCGUAACUGGAUAUUGUGAUGGAGGAGACAUGGCCGAGAUUGUUAGAAAGGCUAGAGGAGCAUAUUUCCCAGAGGAGAAACUCUGCAAAUGGCUCACUCAGGUGUUAUUAGCAUUGGACUAUUUACAUUCAAAUCGAGUUCUUCACAGAGAUCUAAAGUGUUCCAACAUAUUCCUCACCAAGGAUGGUGACAUUCGUCUUGGUGACUUUGGACUAGCAAAAUUGCUUCAAUCAGAAGAACUUGCUUCUUCGGUUGUUGGCACUCCUAAUUAUAUGUGUCCUGAGCUCCUUGCGGAUAUUCCUUAUGGAUACAAAUCUGAUAUCUGGUCACUUGGUUGCUGUAUGUUUGAGAUGGCUGCACAUCAACCUCCAUUUAGAGCUCCGGAUAUGUCCGGACUUAUUAACAAGAUCAAUCGAUCCUCUUUCUCACCACUGCCCAUUGUAUAUUCCUCGACAUUGAAACAGAUUAUCAAGAGCAUGCUAAGGAAGAGUCCGGAACACAGACCAACGGCUGCUGAACUUCUACGCCAUCCCCAUUUGCAACCAUACCUCCUACGGUGUCGCAACCCAUCUUCUGUCUUUCUACCAGUUAAGUCUCCUAACAGAAUAAAGGAGAAAGUGAUGAAAAAAUCACCAGCUAAAAAACCUAGCUGCAGCAAAGAAAUCAUUGAGAGAGACGUAAGAGUAUUGAAUGAUAUGAAACCACUUCCGCUAUUUGAGGAAAAUAACGAUAUGCAGUUGGGAAAUUCAGCUAACAGCGACAAUCUAGAGACAAAACGUGUUGAUCCGACAAGCUAUUCUGCAAAGGUUUCUGUCAACAGUGAAGAUUCGAGGAGUGUAGAAACAAGUUUUGGGACAACUGGUUGCACCGGAGAUGAACAGGAAAGUUCACAGUCUCUGACACCAAAGGCAAGUACCGAGGCUCAGAAUUCUAAAGCUAGUACAUCAUCACAGCAUGAAGAGCAAAAAGAAUAUACCAAUGGAAAUAAUCAACAAUAUCAGGAAAGUGGUUCAGAGAGAGAAAGAACAACAGAGAUUGAAAAACAAAAAGAACAUACCAAUGGAAAAAAUCAACACCAUCAGGAAAGUGGUUCAGAGAGCGAAAUAACAGCAGAGAUUGAAGCAUUACUUGAUAAGCAUCUGGAAAUGGACCCUAAGAGGGAGAGUUUAAUCUCAAACCACAGUAGGAUGACAAUGUCUAGUACAGGGUACACUGAUAAGGGCGUUUCAAUUGAUGAAGAGAAUUCAACACACGUUUUUGAAGCUGACGUAGAAGAAAGAUGCUAUGUGGAGAAUUCAGUGGAAGUUAACUUAUCAUCUGAGAGUAAUAGGAGUAAUAAUGGAGUGGAAGCAAAAUCAGAUGACAGUAGUAACUUGGGUGAACGGCAGAAAGCUGACAUUGAAAUUAUUCAAGAGCAGGUACCGCCAAGCGAUACAUCAUUGCAGAGUACAGUGUCUGCAGUUGGUGGUGAUGAUAGCAAAACUGAAUGGACAAAUCCUACGCAACAAAGAGUGGAUGCACUAGAGUCUCUGCUGGAACUAUGUGCGCGGUUACUAAAACAGAACAAACUGGACGAGCUCGCAGGUGUACUAAAACCAUUUGGGGAGGAAGCGGUGUCAUCAAGAGAAACAGCAAUCUGGUUAACAAAAAGUCUAAUGACUGCACAGAAAAUCAACAAGGAAGCCUAAAAAGUAAAAACUGACUUGAAGAACUGUAGUAGCUACAUAAUUUGUCUGUGUUGAUUGUAUAUUUUGGUGUUUUUUGGCAUGAUUGUUAAACUUUUAUAGAUUGAAAAUUAAAGGUUUGGGUUUGAGGCUUUGA